GGCCGAUUACUGGAAAUCUCAGCCAAAAAAAUUCUGUGAUUACUGCAAGUGCUGGAUAGCUGACAACAGACCUGUACGAUGGUCUACCAUACUAUGUCCAUGAUUUUUUAAACUAGGAGUUUGAUUUAUAGGAUUUUUUUACAUCACUUUUGAUACUAAUCUACUGAUGCAUGAAAUUUGUUGUCCUAAAAUGCCUUUGUAUUACUUGUGACAUUUAAAAUAUAUUAUGUGAGAGCCAGAUAUGCAAGAUGGUGUGUGCUGCUCUACGUGGCAGUACAGAUAAGAACUGAAAUACCUGACCCUCCUUUUAUUUCAGUUCCUGUAACAUAACAUUUGAUCUGUCUUGAAACUUUGUUUGUGCCUAUUCCUAGCCUUUAUAUGCAAGUAGAAAGCAAAACCUGGCAUACUCACUGUUUAUAUAUGGUAGGCCUGGUACAGCCAGCACUCUUAAGCAUUUAGAGUAGAUUUCUGUCAUUUCACCCAGCCCACAGAAACAUCACUGGAUUACAGAAAGGUGUUCCUGACUUGCAGAUGCCAUUUGCACACUGCUAGACCCAUUGGUUUCUUGCUUUAAAAGUUCUGUAUUCCUGACUUGAUGCAGGAGUACUCUUGGAGCUGAGCUUCAUCUGGCUUACAGCUUGAUACCUGCAGUUCAAAAGGACAAGUGUCAGCUAAUUUGUUUAGGUUUCUUCCUGUAGUCAGCAAAGAAAAAUACAUGUUAAAAGGGAGACCCAGAGCAUUGAGUUUCAUGAAAGAGGAAAGAAUCAUAAAGAAAAUGUGGCAAAAAGAAUUAGUGAGAUUAAAAAGAAAAGCUUGGAAAAAGCAAAAGAAGAAGAAAACAUGUCAAAAGAAUUUGCAGCAAUGGAGGAAGCUGCAAUGAAAGCAUAUCAAGAGGAUUUGAAAAGGCUUGGAAUCAAGCCAGAUGAAGUAGGUCCCAGUUCAACACAGACUAAAACACAGAGUAACACACUGGAAACCAAAGUAAAGAAAGAAAAGAAGGAGAAGAAGGAAAAGAAAGAAAAGAAAAAAAAGUCAUCCCAGGACACCUCAGUGCUGCCAAAAACAGAGAAGAAGGAGUGGGUGCAAGGACUUUCUCCUGAAGGCUAUACGUAUUACUACAACACAAAAACAGGAGAAUCGCAGUGGGAGAAACCGAAAGGAUUCCAAGGCAACUCUCAGAACUCACAGACGGUGGCAGAGUGGGUAGAAGGUGUCACUGAAGAUGGUCAUACCUACUACUAUAACACACAAACAGGAGUAUCCACAUGGGAGAAACCAGCUGGUUUUGUUUCAUCUUCAAAUGAGAAGAGUCGACGUGACAACUGUUCUGAAGAGCUUGCGGAAACAGAUUCCAAAGCGUCUGAAUCAGACUCAGAAGACAGUGAAAAUGAAGGACAGACUUCAGAAACAAAUUUCAAGAGGAAAGGAGAUAAUGGUGAUGAAUCAGAGGAAAGGAAAAAAUCUCCCAGAGCUAAAAAGCUAAGUCCUUACGGGAAGUGGCGAGAAGUCAAGUCAGAAGAAACUCUUGAUCAAGACAAGAGUCCAUCAGGUUCCCAAGAAGCCUCUAGUGAUGCACCCAACCAGACCAACCCAUAUGGGAAAUGGAAAGCAAUUCCAGAAAAAGCAGAUGACGACGAAGAACCAAGUGAAAAAGUGGACCUGGAGCUUCCUAGUACAGAGAGUGACAACGUUCCACCUCCAGUGCUGGAGGUUCCAGAAGAUGAUACGACAGUGAUUUUUAAGGAGAAGACAGUGACCUCGCUGGGAGACCUGUCAGAAGGGGUGCCAACCUUUAAAAAGAGGAAAUUCGAAAAUGGGAAAUCCAGAAACUUAAGACAAAGACUGAGUGAUCAGUAAUACUUCCCAAAUCAUUUCAGAUUCCGUUUCAACUAGAGUGAAUUUAAAAGUUUAAUAUUUUAAACAGGCUUUUAUAAAGAAAAUAUUGGCUAGAAGUUAAGGAUUUACAGGUUUUAAAGCACAUGUGAGUUGCAGUGUUUUUCAGUUUUAUUUUGAUGUGAUUGACUUGAGAUUGGAAGGUUGUUUUCUCUUACUUAAGCAAUAUUGUAAAUACAUUCAUUUUUUUUAUUUUACCCAGCCUAUCUAAGUUCCAUUUCCUCUGUGUGUGCUGUUUUAAAUACGUUGUGUAAGGUUUUUUUACUCCCUUUCUAAGUAUGGCCAAAUGUAGUAACCCUUAACCUGUCAAAAAUGAUGCAGACUUUUUCUUUAUACAAAGGAACUGGAUCAAUGGCAUGUACUAGAGAGUAAAGUCAGUCCCCAUAAGAUGGUUUAUGUGCAGUAGUUUCCCAACCAAUGAGUAAAACUAUUGUGCUUACUAACCUUUGGCUAAUCACUUGCAGAAGACUAGGUGUUGAGGCUGUCAGCAUUUCAAAUAGAUUAUUUGAAACUGUUUUUCGAGCAGUUAGUCACAACAGUGCCACUCAUCUCAGAGGACAUUCUGAAAAAUGAAUUGUGUACAUGCAGGAUAAAUGUGUUAAACCUCUGCAGAGGAGUGAAACUGUAACUUUUAAUAACAGCCCCAGGGCCACCUGUGUUGGAGUAGGUAUUUCUGUGAUGUCUUUCCCUUGUAUUUUGCUUUAUUGCUGUCUCUACUUGAGUUUUCCCUUCUCUUUACACAUGCAGUUUUCUUCUUGUAGUCUUUUUUUUUUUUUACUCUUUCCAUUUAAAAAAAACACCUGCCUGCUAUUUUCAUCCCAAAAAAAAGAUUCCAGAGACCUUUCCCUGCUACAGCACCCUGCACCCUUCUUGAGGCUGAUGGGUUUAUUCUGUUGAUAGGAGCAGCAUGUUUGCUGAGGGGGGCUCACCAUGUCAAAGCUUCAAUGUUCUCAGUACCACAGGAGAGCAAAACAACAGAUGGACAAGUAGAGGUGAUGGCUACACUCUCCAAGAUGGCUUGGAGGGUUGUAGAUUUGAUUUCUUCACUUGGUGGGACUGGUCUGCAUUGAGCAUCAUCAAGACUCGUUUGCUGCUUCUCUGGGUAUCAAACAGUGGACUCUAAAGGGGUCCAUUUAGAAAAGAUGUCUCUAGAUCCUAGAACUCACAGUAUUUUGUUCAGGCCACUCUCGGGCAAAAACACAAGGGUGCAGCUAAGACAGUUCACCAGCUGUAGAAAAAUAGAGGUGGUGACUGCUGUGCUUGAACUUCCUUGAGCAAUUGGCUGUUGCUGUGUCAGAUCAGCAGAGAAAGGGAGUGCAAGACAAGGAAUCUGGUUUAUCAGCUAUUCCAAUAGCAGCUGAGUCCUUUUCUUUAUGCUGUGGCAUUUUGUCUGUGCAUAGAAGAGAAUUAAGUACUGUAGCCAUGUUUCUUUGGCUUCAUCAGGGUUGUUGUACCAUUUCUCAUGUUCAUUUCAAGAAAUUUGAGUUUCCUGUAAUAGCUCGCCCUGGACUGACACUUAGAGCUGCAGGAUGCCUGCUGGGUGCUCCCACAGUCACAGAUGCAGGGGAAUACAAUGUGUGUUCCACAGGAAAGACCUCUCAUGUGAGGCUAGAACAGAAAUGUCCUUUCUGUGAGGACAGAGUCUCAGGUUUCUUAAAAACCAGAUUUUUCAGAUUUUGUUCUUAUUCUUUGAGCACUACCCCAGCAGCUAGGAGCCUGCUCCAACGUGAAGCCUCCUGUGUUUGUGACCAGUUUACGCUCGUUUCCUCCCAGUUUGCACAAGUAGCUUCAGCUGAGUAGCUUUUCUUCCUUUUGAAUCCAUCGUGUCUUUUCGGAAUCCCAUAAAGCGUCCCUGUGUGACAGGACCUUCAGUGCUCCACCUGCAAUUCUCUUCAUUCCGGCCUGACUUUGCCUGGACUCUGUUCAAGGAAGAUUAAAGCCACUUGUGAUGUCACUAAUACUUCCUUACUGUCUUGGAAGUAACUCUUGCUACUCCCUAAAGCACAUUUGCCUUUCACAUGACUGCACCACACUGUGAGCCUUGGGUGCCCUGUGAUUUACCAGCACAACUGGCUCUUUCUACUCCUUUUACCAUUACCAGCUGCCAAGUUAACAGCUGAUUGUGCUUUCCUUUCAAGCACAAUUUGAUUUUCUUACAAACCUGUUUUGAACUCAUCCUGCUUUUGUUACUCCAAGCCUAAAGUAUAUAUAUUUCUCUGUGAUGUCUGCAAAAUGUUUGUAUUGUAUUGUUUAUUAGUACAGGGGUUUUAGUAGGCUCUGCUUGUUAUAUCCUCCGAGGAGGACGUCUUUCCUCUUUUAGUGAGGUUCUCAAAAUAUUAGCAUCCCUCCUUAAAACUGUUUUGUCACAUCGAAGUGGUCAUAGGCAGUGAUCUAAGAGACCUGUAGCCAAAUAUAAAACUACUCAAAACUUGUUUCCUUGAGGAGCUGCUGUUAAUUGGAAUCUGAACCAAAGGUCUUAGCCAAGGACUGCGUUAAAUAGGACAAACCAAAAUAUUAGGGGAAGAAAGAUUAAAUGUUUCCUUUGUUCACUGCCAGUAGAGUUGGUUUAAGUAGCACAGGCUUGCUCCUGCUGCUGUGGCUUCCAGAGCCUGCACACGGCAGACACAAGGCGCUGUGCUGCCUGUCACCUCCACAGGGCAGUUUGAGGAGAGACCAAUUUAUUCUUUGUCCUGAAGUGUAAAUUAUACUAAGGGCCCCCGUUGCACCAAAUUUGAUCUUUCCAAAGCCACUGUUUAUUGUUGCACUGUGCUGUCAUUCAUUCUCUUUAUUGUGUAUGUAAACCAAAUGUUUUCUCUUCUAUAAAAAAACAGUGUCUGAGAGAGAUGCAAGGCAGACGCUGCUUUUCCAGGACAUCUGUUCUGCACAGAACUCUCUCCCUUCUGGGCUAUUGCCCUCCAAAAUCUUCCUUUGCAGUUUGCUGUAGGAAUCCUCUUGGUAUUGCCACAGUUAGCUCCUCAUCUGCUAAUCUUUCCUUUGACAAGGAAUGUUCCUUUGACUGUUUCAGAAGAAGAGUGGUUUUCUGACUAAUCCAUUUUCUCUGAUGCAGUGUGUUGUUGUUAUCUGCUUGCACUGCAAGCCCUGAGUGAGGAUGGAACCCCUGGCCUUAGGGGCUGUUGAGAACACGAUUACACUGUGAGGAGUCAUGAACAUGAUUACACCAUGAGGAAGAGAGUUGGAGAGAAAGGGGAAGUUGUCACAGUUUCUGAUGAUCAUGUAUUUUAUGUGGUUUGGGGUGAGUCAGCUCACUGCUCUGUAUUUUAGUUUUCCUUACCCCAUCUUUCUCCUGUCUUGUCUAUUUAAAGAGAUGGCUCCACAGUACAGGUCACCUAUCUUUGGUGAUGCUUUUAGAAGCAAACACAUUUCAUAUACUAAAAAAGACAAUUGUUGUUUGAGGCAUUUGUUACAGCAGGAGCUGUGCAAAGACUUGCUCAGUUUGACUCAGGUUAUAGAAUAAUCCUUAUUCCUAGUCAGCAAAUUUUAACCCUUCACCUGGGAACUUAUAGACUGAAAUCCAGGCUUUCACAAUAAAGAUUGCAUUUUGUUUGAACCUCAUAGAAUCUCUGCUGCAGCUUCACCCAGUCCUGAUAUUCAGAUUUAGAAGGCGGGAUAGCUGGUCAUGACAUUGAUCCAAGUUAAAUUCACUAACCUCUGCAUGUAUAAAAACAUUCCUCCUCCUCCUCCUCCCACAACUACCCCCGUAAAACAUAGUGCAGUGGCAUCUGAGAAAGGGAGUAAAAAAACUAUUUCACGCUGCUUGGUUUCCUUGAUUUGCUUUUUGAGCUGUGCCUCCCCGUUUCAGUACUUCCCUCACGAUUGCUGUCCUCCUCCGUUUGUCUUCCUCUGGCAUUCCCAGGUGUGCGAAUCCACGUGUGGCCGCAGUGCUGCCUUUCUGGCCGCCGACGGCCCCUCGUCCCCUGCUCUGCCGAGAGCCUCAGAGAACCUCCCGUUGUCCCACAUGGGCCACCUUGACUGCAGAUCCCAGCUUAGGCCGGGUGCUGCCACAGCCCCCAUGCAAGCAUCUCUAUUUGCAGACACCACGAAGAUGUUUGCAAGCUGACUACAUGUGCUCUUUUGAUUGCCCUGAUGAGUUGUUUUCCCUAGACAGAUUUCAUUCCGUUCCUCCUACGGGGUUUGCAGCCCUUAAAUCCUUCUGUUUGUUGGUACAGAAGCUGCCCGUGUUCCAUCAGCUGUGGCAACCCCUUGGUUCUCUUUUGUCAGCCAUAUAUAUCUCUUUAGUCUCUUAUAUCUACCUCUUAAGUCCUUCUACCUUCUACUUGCUAAAUUAUUAUCGUAGAAAUCGCGUUAACCAUUGGUGUGAUUAACAAAUUCAGCUGUGUGAAAUGUUUUGGGAUAGAGCUUGAAUAAGUUUCUGCACAAAGCAAAAAAUGCUGCAGAUAAUAAUCUGAAAAAAAGGCUAAAAUUGCCCAAGAGGAUUCCCAGAGAGUGUCAGCAAAUGCAGCUUUGAUUUUACCUGUAAAAGUAGAAAUAGCCAACGUUAAAACCCAUCAGGCAGCACUCUACAGACCACGGGCCAAAGAAUAUGGAUUUUAAAGGCUUGUUCACUGAAGCCAGAGUGAAGAAGAGUGCGGUGAUGGAAAAGUGCUUCCUUUAGGUUUUAAGUAUUAUCUGCAGAGUUGAACAGCUGGUUCCCCUUUAACAGCUUCUCAGUUGCCAUUACAAAAUACUGCGAGCUCUUGGAGUGGAGUUGAUAGGAAAAUAGCGAAUAAAGCUUUCAUUUGAACAGUC